UGGCUUUGCCAAUGCAUCACCUAAGUCAGAUCUCAAUUUGGACAAACAGCUGCGACGCCUAGAUCAAGAUGUACGUCGUGUCGGUCGAAUUUCUCGACGCGAUAUUGAUGAAGUCCUGGAAGAGAUACGCUCCCAACGUUCUGCUACUAGUUCACAAUCACUCCUCGUAAUACGUUGCUGUGGUAACCUGGUGCCGGAAGAAAUGCCGGAAGUACGUACUGCGCUGGUACAAGAGAUCUGGAAAACUCUUACUACUUUGAAUGUUCCGAUGGACAUCUCACAUUACAAUGCAUUACUGCGCGUUUACUUGGAAAACGAGCACUCGUUCUCACCAACAGAUUUUUUGGCAGAAAUCGAAUCAAAAAACAUUGAGCCAAAUCGAGUAACAUACCAACGACUGAUUGCACGUUAUUGCCAGCAAGGUGACAUCGACGGGGCCACGCGUAUAUUAGAAUUUAUGCGCUCCAAGAAUCUGCCUGUAAAUGAGAAUGUCUUCAAUUCACUUAUUCUAGGCCAUUCGCAGGCCAAUGAUUUGGAAUCAGCCAAAGGCAUUUUGUCCGUAAUGAAGCAAGCUAAUUUAGAACCCAGUGCUGAUACCUAUACAACGCUUUUGUGUUGCUAUGCUCGUCAUGGUGAUAUCGACGCUAUACUUCGUACAUUAGAUGAAUGCGAAAAAGCGGAAAUAUUCUUGCUUGAUAAAGAUCUGAUGGAUAUCGCUUAUGCGCUGAGUAUUCAUGGACAUGCAGAUAAAGUGGAUGCAGUGCUGACGAGAUUACGCAUAUCAACAGGCUUCAAUCAGGAUGCUGUGAAUGUUAUACUACGCUUGGUUAAUAAAGGAUAUGAGGAUGUUGGAGUAAAAAUUUUGCGAGUAAUGCCACGUGGCACCCGUCCGGAUGGUCAAUUAGUGGAUACUGGCACUUUCUUCAUCAAGCAGCUUGUCAAAGUCAAUCGACCCGUGGAAAAAAUCUUAGGCAUUUGCAAAACUCUAAAAGAUGAAGGUCUGAAUCCAAAAGCUCUUUUGAUCGCUACCGAAGCUGGGCUUAGUAAUGGUGUGGUUUCAAGUGCACUUCCGUUAUUGCAUGAACUGAAAAAGUCAGGCUGGCCUAUCCGCCAACACUACUUCUGGCCCUUGAUUUGCUCCGCGGAAUCGAAUCAAAUUAUCAACAUAAUACGUCACAUGCAAGAGGAAUUCGCUCUUAAUCCGAAUUCUGAGACUUUACGUGACUACGUUAUCCCUAAUUUGAAAGAAAAAAACUGGGAAAAAAUCGUCACAAUCUUGCGUGGUGCUGGCAUAUCGACUGCUAAUGCAGCGGCUUCUGCUUCUUACGCAGCAUUGACAAUAAAUCAAUUGAAGUCCACAGCCAACAUUAUGGAAUCAUUUAGAGCAUAUUAUUCACCGCAGAUAUUCAGACAACCUUUGAUUCAUGCCUUAUCCACUACCAACGACUAUGCCUCCUUUAUUCGUGUUUUAAGACAGCUAUACGAAAGCGUUCAGAGUCGUUCAGCAGGCUCUCAGCGUACUGAACCCGAGGAGAGCUCUGAUUUCGAGAUUGAAGCUGCCGUUGGGGCUUCUAAUCAAAGUUUCGAUGUUGUUGGUUCUGUGCUGAAUGACGUUUGUACCUAUUUCCGCCGUAACAGAAUUGAGGUAUUAGACAACAUUCUAUCAGCGUUGGUAAAAGAGGGGUUGCCCAUUAGCAAUACAAAUGCGUCGCGGAUUUCAGAUCGCUUGAAUUCAGAAAUGACAACAAAAAUUUCUGAGAACUUGGCUAAAAUUUCCUCGGGCAAAUUAGAGCUUAUUCCCCUUCAAAAUGCAGAACCGCGCAAGCGUAGUCUGGAUUCUUUGACAGUGGAAGAGCUUGAGCGCUUCAUCGCCAAUAUCGAAGCGAAAGGUGAAAAUACAAACAAUUUGAAACGACAACUACUGAAUGCAUGUUUCCGUGCAGGUAAUUUAGAUAAAACAUUGCAAGUUAUAGCAAAACUGGAAGCUGAAAAGUUUACCAUUCCUAUCGGGAUAUGGGCGCAACUGAUUGAUUUAUAUGCAAUGGAAAAUAAGACAGUAGAAGCUUUGGAGCUAUACGCGAAAAUAAAAGCGAGAGAUAAUCAAUUCGUGUUGGACAAUCUGAAAACAGUAAACAUUGCGAAACUACUUAUUGUUGAAGAGCGAUUUGAAGAAGCACUUGAAUUCUUAGACCGUAACAAGAAAUCGGAAUUGAUUGCCGAAACCGAGGGUUCAUUUAGCUACACCUCGACUGUGUGGCGUUUGUUGAAUACAAUAGCCGAAGCCGGCAACGCCGAGAAAUUGCAGCAACUAUUUGAUGCAUUAGUCGGUGGAAAAUAUAUCUAUCCCACCAAUGUACUAUUGGGUCCAUUGAUAAAAGUGCAUCUUACAAAUGACAACAUACCUAAAGCUAUGGAAGUAUUUGAGCAGAUAUGCGAAAAAUACAAGUGCACACCUUGGAAGAAUGAUCUUGCAUGUCGUCUCAUACAGAAAGAGGACGCCGCUAAUCUGCAGAAGUUGACUGAUUUAAGUACAAAUAUUCAUGGGGAAGUGAACAGUCUAUAUGAUUUAGUAUUUUCAUUUGUCGAAUGUGGACGCAUACGCCAAGCAAGAAAGAUUUUAGAAACUCCUGGACUUCGUACACGCCCACAACGUAUCAACUACGCUUGCGAACGUUAUAAGAAUGAAGGCAUGGUAGAACCCUUGGAAGGCUUGGUUGAAGCGACGAAGGAUCUUAAUCAUAUCGAUCGCAACAAAAUCUACUACAACUUAUUGCUGAGCUACUGUAAAUCGGAUGAUGCGGAAAAGGCUUUGGGACUUUGGACGAAAAUGCAGGAGGAAAAUAUAGCACCAAAUGACAUUUUCCUAAUAAAAUUGGCAGAGCUAUUAAAAAAAAAGAACCUGGACGUUCCAUUUGUUGUACCAAAACAAAGAGCAGCGAUCACGCUUGCACCCAAGAGAAUUAAAAAAAUUGAACCAGAUAACAGCGCAAUGAGCGCAUUUUCCCAGCCACAAACAAAUUUGUCGCUCUUACGGAAAGCUAUCAACAGCGGAGAUAUUGAUGCUGCACUCAGUCUUAAGAAUCAAUUACAGCCUAAUGAAUCUGCGAGCGUCACGGAUCUAUCUCAUCUGAUUGAGCAUGCGGUACGCGCUGAACGUUUGAUAGAUGCUACAAACAUCGUAAAUGAGGUGUUAGCCGAAAAUCGAUAUCCAAUACCGAAAAUUUUCAAAUUUUAUUUAAAUAAAAUCGCUGCGUCUGGCGAUGUAGACACUUUGACGAGGAUUGGAGAUAAACUAUCCGAUGAAGAAAAGAAGAUUGUUUCUUUUGAUAACCGUUUUUGUCACGCAAAUAUUGUAGCUGGUAAAACGGAUCAGUACUUGCGGUCAUUGUAUGAUCAAAUUGCUGCAGCAAAGACUGCAGAAGUAGCUGCUAAACUGGCUGAUCAAUUUCCACGUGGUGGCGCUCUGGGAAUUUUGCAGCAAAAUCCCGAAUCAUUAUCUUUAUUCGAAAAAAUUGCUGAGAAAUUCGCUGAACAUAAACAAUUGGGACCUGUAAAUGUACUUUGGAUGCAUUUGCUCUCACAAGGCAAUGAGGCUGCGUCGAAAUCCAUUUGGAAUAAAUAUCUUUCAAACGCACCUCGUCUGAUGUUCCAACGAGUUUUGCAAACAGCUCGCGAGCAAAAAGACGAAAAGUUAGCCCAAACGGUGAUUAGCCAGUUGCGAGAAUCAAAGAUCUCGGAAGGAGCCAUUGGCAAUGCCUACUCUUGUCUGAUUGACAUACAUACUACAAAUAACAAUCUAAAUAAAGCGCUGGAAACGCUCAAAACAGCAAUUAAAGAUAUAUGUUUAGAGAAUAUAAAUCGCACUGCGCUCUUGAGACUAAAAACUGCUCUCCAAGAGCAGAAUAGAGACUUUCCCUAUGAAAUCCCUGAAAAGAAAGCUUUAAAAGAAAGUAGUACCAGCUCACAAUCGUCUGACGAUGAUGUAACUCCGAAGCGACCUGAGACAAGACCGAUUACACGGCCAAAUAAGUAAAUAAGCAGUAUCAAAAAUGUUCGUAGUCUUUAAUAUUACCAAUACAUGUAGCUUUUUACUUUAAAUAAAUGCUAAGUACUUCCUGAUUAUGUAAA